UGUCAAACGACAAGUUUGUGGACGAAUGUUGUUUUUAAAAAUCAUUACGCAAUGUAAUUUCAAAGGUUGUGAGUUGAUGUGUAGACUCCACGUCAAAAGAACAUAGUGUCAGCGUCUUUACUGGAAAAAAAGCAGCAGGACCAUGAAGAUGUCCUGAUGCUGGCCUACGGUUGCGUCUGCUCGUCACAAUGAGUGGCGUGGCUCUGGGUCUGGUGCUCGUGGCCGUGUUCUUCCUUGCGCUCGCCCUCCUCCAUCGCUAUGGUGACCUGAGGAUGCAACAGCGUAUGGUCCUGCUUGGGACUCUGGCAUCCUGGUACCUGUGCUUCCUCAUUGUCUUUGUCCUGCCGCUGGAUGUCAGCACAACCAUUUAUAAGCAGUGUCUGAAAGACAAUGCACAUCGUCACUCCAAUCAGACAGAAAACAGCUCCAUUCUUUAUCCAACUGAAAGUCCAGCAGUUGUGUGUGAAGAGCCAUGGAGUUAUAUACCAGACGGCAUUCUGCCUGUCUUCUGGAGAGUUGUGUAUUGGACCUCUCAGUUUCUCACAUGGUUACUGCUGCCCUUUAUGCAGUCGUAUGCACGCUCAGGGGCGUUCUCCCGCAUGGGAAAGUUGAAAACGGCCCUUGUCGAGAACGCCAUAUACUAUGGCACCUACCUGCUCAUAUUCAUCUUUCUGCUCAUCUACGUUGCUGCGCACCCACAGUGGCGGCUCACGUGGACUGAGUUCCAGACCAUCGGCAUCACAGCGGCCAAUAUGUGGGGCCUUUUCCUCUUGGUGUUGUUGCUGGGCUAUGGCUUAGUGGAAAUCCCACGUUCCUAUUGGCUGUUAUCUAGCCAUGCCCACUUGCUUGCCAAGACCUACUUUAAGGUGUCAAAGAUGGCCAGUGAAAAGGCAGCUGCUGAGGAGAACUUGGCUGAUGUUAUGGAGGAGGUAUCAGUCAUCAACAUGUCAGUCAAGUACAACCACUCUCUCAGGAAGUGCGUGGACACCAUUUUGACAAAGUGUCCUAUAGAAUACCAGGAGGAGAUGGCCACAGAUGUGGAAAAUCCCUGUGAGGAUCAAGCUGUCCUUCCAACUAAAAGCGGCCUCGUUCAGCUUCAUAAAAAAGUGAUAUCUGCUGUGCAGCGUUGCCGUCAGACUCGAGUUCAGUGGUCCAUGUUGUUGGAGAGGGUUUUCCAUCUAGAAGACGUAGCAAAGAAUCGCAGCAGCCCCACAGGUCAUUUUGUGCGCAGCUUUGCCUUGACAGAGCAGGACGGCUAUAUCCGGAGGUUUCUCUACACUCCCAAAGUAGAGUUGUACUGGGAGUGUGUGUUCCAUCCCAUGUUCUACAAGCUUCUGGCAUUGUUACUGUCAUUCCUCUCUGUGACCGUAGUCUGGUCUGAGUGUACAUUAUUCAGCACGCGUCCAGUCCUCUCCCUCUUCGCCAUUAUUGUCCGCACGACUCAACAGCAGCGCUACUACAUUUGUACUGAGGUUGUGUGCUUCGUCACGGUCCUAUUUCUCUGCGUGUGCGUUUACUCCACGGUGUUCCAGAUCCGCGUGUUCAACUAUUACUACCUGGCGCCGCAUCACCAGACAGACGCCUACAGCCUGCAGUUCAGCGGCAUGUUAUUCUGUCGCUUGACUCCUCCCCUGUGCCUCAACUUCCUUGGUCUAAUUCACAUGGAUCCCGCUCUGUCUCAAAAGGACCAAAUACACACCUCCUACACAUCUAUCAUGGGUUCCAUGCAUCUGCUGUCUGUCAUUUCCAAUGGCUUUUACAUCUACUACCCCGUGUUGGUAUUGCUGCUUUGCUUUGCCACGCUUUACAACUUGGGUUCUCGCUGCUUGAACCUGCUGGGUGUCCAUCAGUAUGUCGCUGAUGAUGAACUGAGCGCUGACCUGGUGGAUGAGGGCAAGGAGCUCAUCAGGAGAGAAAGAAGAAAACGACAGAAAAGUGAGACUACAGCAAAUGCAAAAUGGGCAUGGAGAGAGCGAUAUGGAGGAGUUUACGGAGCCUUGGUGGGGCGCAAAUCUGGCUACACUGAAAUCAAAGAUGACCAGGAAACACAAUGCAAGAAAAGCGUCAUCUCCUUCGCAUGGCGAGAGUCGGAUGAGCAGCAGAGGAGUUUACUGCACAGCCGUGACAAUGAUGGAUGAUGAAUGCACAAAAUGUCUCCUUUAAUAACAACUUAUUGUUCUGACCUUACUUCUGUGGUAUUUUUUUCCACAACAUGAACCAUCAUUUUACAUACGCAUGUGCUCAAAAUUGAAAGAAAAACAGCGGUCACAGAAAUAUCACAACAAAAUUAAAGAUGAAAAACAUUGACUAUUUAACAAUGAUUUUGAAUUUUUGUAUAACGGAAUUAAAAAAAAAACAACUAGGCCUGCAAGCAGGACUGAACAGGCCGUCGCACUUUGGCGCAACUCAGACUGCACGCAGGUCAGGGUGGUGGUAGAUCGUCUCCCUCUCAUCAUCUCCUGAGAACCUAACUUGCUCGGAACUCACCUCUUUUUUUGGGAUUAUAAAUACAUUCACACACCUAGCUAAAAAAGCCCCAUAUUGAAGAGAGAAUUAAAAAAAAAAAACUAGGCCUGCAAGCAGGACUGAACAGGCCGUCGCACUAUGGCGCAACUCAGACUGCACGCAGGUCAGGGUGGUGGUAGAUCGUCUCCCUCUCAUCAUCUCCUGAGAACCUAACUUGCUCGGAACUCACCUCUUUUUUUGGGAUUAUAAAUACAUUCACACACCUAGCUAAAAAAGCCCCAUAUUGAAGAGAGUCCUACAAAAAAGAAGGCGCUAGUGAGCUGUGCAGCCACGCCCUUAUUCAAAAGCAAAAUUAAACUUCUAAUUGGGCCAA